GCGUUGUGAUUGGCCGAGGGCGCGGCGGAGAGGCCUGGGAGGCCGGGACCGUCGGGAGUGAGCGAGGCGGCUCGCGCUGCGUGCCCUGACGGAGACAAAGCAGUGCCCGAGGUCGCCGUGGCGGCGGCGGCGGCGGCCGAGUCCUCAGCGCCGAGUCUCGUGACGCCAGCCCUGUCGUCAUCUGUUCGGGCGCGGCGUGGCGCGCGCGGGCGGCGGCGGAGGCAGCGGCAGCACAUGGUUCCAAGAGCGCGCCGCGGUGGUUGAGUUCCAAUUCCGCGGGGAGGGACAAAGGCAUCUGCGAGCUGCAGGCAACGCCCGACCGGACCCGGGGGGGUGGGGCGUGCUCGCCGCCGUCCUCCCCGUUCUCUGCUCUGGAUCCGGAACGAGUGACUUUCUCGGAGGUGGCCGCAGGACCCGGGCCGGGGCGGGCCUGAGGGACCCGAGGCUGGCUUCUGAAGGGGGUGGGGGAAGGGCGCGUCUGAGGCGAUCCGGGCGGGUGUGCUGGGUGGCGUCUCUGGGGGCCACGCUGAGUGAUUCCACCCUCCACCUGUGGUGACUGUGGCCUCCCAGCCAGCUGUGCGGGGGACGGGGCUGGGGGGGGGGGUACAGGAAUCCGUCGGUCAGCACCAAGGACCUGCCAGUUGGGAAGCGGUGAGGCGGGAAAGGGCAUCCAUCGCUCCACCGCUGGAACACCUGUGUGAGGAGUCUGGCAUCUUCGGCGGUGACGAAGCCUCCCGUGGUAAUGACGUAGGUGAACCGUCAGCUUUAUGACAGAAGUAGGUCAAUCUCUUGGUUCUCUUCAGGAAACUUAGGAGAACAGAAAAGGACUCGAAGAACGUGAAGAUGAAGCCGCAAUAAGCCGCCAGCUUGGAAGACCAUUCCGAACCAUUCACUCCGGAGGCUUCGGGAAUUGCAAGAAGGACGCUCUAUGCUUGCUGCUCUUAAGGACUAUAGUCGGGAAAUUUUGUCCUAUGAGUCACUAAGAAGCACAGAUUUACCCUUGACUGGAUCAACCUCUGGGAAAGCCUGUUCCGUUCUAUGUUCUCCCCUGUUAACGGGCAAAGACUGGAGACUCACUGCAGUCAUGGCCUUCACCAAUUACAGCAGUCUCAACCGAGCUCAGCUAACCUUUGAAUAUCUGCACACAAAUUCAACCACUCAUGAAUUCUUGUUUGGUGCUCUUGCUGAACUGGUUGAUAAUGCGAGAGAUGCUGAUGCCACCAGAAUAGACAUUUAUGCUGAAAGGCGGGAUGACCUUCGAGGAGGAUUUAUGCUUUGCUUUUUGGAUGAUGGAGCAGGAAUGGAUCCAAGUGAUGCUGCCAGUGUGAUCCAGUUUGGGAAGUCGGCCAAACGAACUCCUGAGUCCACCCAAAUUGGGCAGUAUGGCAAUGGAUUAAAAUCGGGCUCAAUGCGCAUUGGGAAGGAUUUUAUUCUCUUCACUAAGAAGGAGGACACCAUGACCUGCCUCUUCCUGUCUCGUACCUUUCAUGAGGAAGAAGGCAUUGAUGAAGUGAUAGUCCCAUUGCCUACCUGGAAUGCUCGAACACGGGAACCUGUCACAGACAAUGUGGAGAAGUUUGCCAUUGAGACAGAGCUCGUCUACAAGUACUCUCCCUUCCACACUGAGGAGCAGGUGAUGGCCCAGUUCAUGAAGAUUCCCGGGAAUAGUGGAACACUGGUGAUCAUCUUUAAUCUCAAGCUCAUGGACAAUGGAGAACCAGAACUAGACAUAAUCUCAAAUCCAAAAGACAUCCAGAUGGCAGAGACCUCCCCAGAGGGCACGAAGCCAGAGCGACGCUCCUUCCGAGCCUAUGCUGCUGUGCUCUAUAUUGAUCCACGGAUGAGGAUCUUCAUUCAUGGACACAAGGUGCAGACCAAGAGACUCUCCUGUUGCUUGUAUAAACCCAGAAUGUACAAGUAUACAUCAAGCCGUUUCAAGACUCGGGCAGAACAGGAAGUGAAGAAAGCAGAACAUGUAGCACGGAUUGCUGAAGAGAAGGCCCGUGAGGCAGAGAGCAAAGCUCGGACUUUAGAAGUGCGAAUGGGCGGGGACCUGACACGGGACUCCAGGGUGAUGUUGCGGCAAGUCCAGAAUACAGCCAUCACCCUGCGUAGAGAAGCUGAUGUCAAGAAAAGGAUCAAGGAUGCCAAGCAGCGAGCACUCAAAGAACCCAAGGAACUGAAUUUUGUUUUUGGGGUCAAUAUUGAACACCGGGACCUAGAUGGUAUGUUUAUCUACAAUUGUAGUCGCCUGAUCAAGAUGUAUGAGAAAGUGGGCCCACAGCUGGAAGGGGGCAUGGCAUGUGGUGGGGUUGUUGGGGUUGUUGAUGUGCCCUACUUGGUUCUGGAACCUACACAUAACAAGCAGGACUUCGCUGAUGCUAAGGAGUACCGGCAUCUACUGCGAGCAAUGGGGGAGCACUUGGCACAGUACUGGAAGGACAUCGCCAUUGCCCAGCGUGGAAUCAUCAAGUUUUGGGAUGAGUUUGGCUACCUUUCUGCCAACUGGAACCAACCUCCAUCCAGUGAGCUGCGUUUCAAACGCCGGAGGGCUAUGGAAAUCCCAACUACUAUCCAGUGUGAUCUGUGUCUGAAAUGGAGGACACUCCCCUUCCAGCUGAGUUCAGUAGAAAAAGAUUAUCCUGAUACUUGGAUUUGCUCCAUGAACCCCGAUCCUGAGCAGGACCGCUGUGAAGCUUCUGAACAGAAGCAGAAGGUUCCCUUGGGGACAUUAAAAAAGGACCUAAAGACACAGGAAGAAAAGCAGAAGCAGCUGACAGAGAAAAUUCGCCAGCAACAGGAAAAACUAGAAGCUCUUCAGAAAACCACACCCAUCCGCUCACAAGCUGACCUGAAGAAAUUGCCCUUAGAAGUGACUACCAGACCUUCCACUGAAGAACCUGUACGGAGACCUCAGCGUCCUCGGUCACCCCCUUUACCUGCCGUGAUCAAGAAUGCUCCUAGCAGACCCCCUUCUGUUCAAACUGCUAGACCAACUAGCCAACUCCGAAAGGCUUCGGUUAUCAGCAACCCCCCAAAGCUGCCUGCUACUGCAGCCCGAGGUGAAACUAGUGUAUCCAGGCUGCUCCAGCCAGCUGAGGCACCUCGAAAGCCUGCAAACUCUCCCAUCAAGACUGCACCCCGACCCACCCCUCCUGUGCAGCCCCCGUCACCAUCUCUACUCCCGAACUCCAAGAACCUUCGGGAGAUUCCUGCUCAAAAAGCCAUCAAGACUCCAGUGGUCAAGAAGCUGGAGACACCUGUUAAACAUUCCGUGGUCACCUCAGGGCGGAAGCGGAGUCUUGUAGUCUCUGAUGAGGAAGAGGCUGAAGAAGAAGCUGAAAAGAGGAAAGAAAGAUGCAAGCGAAGCAAGUUUUCUGUGAAGGAGGAAAAGAAGGAGGCAAAUGAGCUCUCAGACAGUGCUGGGGAAGAUGACUCAGCUGAACUCAAGAAGGCUCAGAAAGAUAAAGGGCUGCAUGUAGAGGUACGUGUGAACCGGGAGUGGUACACAGGUCGUGUCACAGCUGUAGAGAUGGGCAAGAAUGUGGUCCGGUGGAAAGUGAAGUUUGACUACGUGCCCACAGACACAACACCAAGAGACCGCUGGGUGGAGAAAGGCAGUGAAGAUGUACGACUGAUGAAGCCACCUUCUCCAGAGCAUCAGAGUCCUGACACGCAGCAAGAAGGUGGAGAGGAGGAGGAGCCUGUAGCCCAACAGGCUUCGGCCUUACCAGAGCCGUCUACCUCUGAUGGUCUAGCCAUUGAGCCUGACACUACUGCCCCAAGUACCAACCAUGAGACUAUUGACCUCCUGGUCCAGAUUCUUCGCAAUUGCUUGCGAUAUUUCUUGCCUCCGAGUUUCCCCAUCUCUAAGAAGGAGCUGAGUGCUAUGAAUUCAGAAGAACUAAUAUCUUUUCCUCUGAAAGAAUACUUCAAGCAGUAUGAGGUGGGACUCCAGAAUCUGUGUCAUUCCUACCAAAGUCGUGCUGACUCACGGGCAAAAGCCUCAGAGGAGAGCUUGCGCACCUCUGAGAGAAAGCUUCGUGAGACAGAAGAAAAGUUACAGAAGUUGAGGACCAACAUUGUAGCACUCCUGCAAAAAGUACAGGAGGACAUAGACAUCAAUACAGAUGACGAGCUGGAUGCCUACAUUGAGGACCUCAUCACCAAAGGGGACUGAGGAGCUGGGAGGCAGAUAAUUCCUCUGCACACCUGCCUCAGCACAGCAGCUUCUGGGGAAGGGGAUUUCAUUAGUGAGUUGGUGGACUUAAUCUUGAUUUGACUCAUGUGGGACAUUUGUGCUUUGGGAAGGAGAUUCCUUGAAUCUUCCUCCCUAAGUUUACAUAAAUAUUUAUUUUUUAAAAGAGAAGAUGUUAAUGCCUGCUGUGAGACUGUUCUUUUGUGUGACUCUUGAGGAAAGGGCACAGAGUCUGAGCCAUUGAGCUCCUGGAACCUCAACAUAGGAUGAAGCAAGCACCAACCUGAAGUUGGAGAGGCUCCGAGGACAGGAAGAUCAACAAUGGGAUAUGAAAAGUAUGUGGCCCCAGAGACUCAGAUCUACAAGACCCACAAGGGGGUGAUCAAAGCAGGUCCAGUAUCAGAACGACUUCCUGUAGCAGAUCUCCUGGUUUCCAGUCGAGGCUAUGUAGGUCUGUAGGCUACCUGAGCAGCUGUCAGAGUCAUCCUGGCUGUGUUACCCAGGCAGCUUGGAGAUGAUUCUUGAUGUUCAAAUUUCCCAACGCACCACCUACACUGUUGCUGAAGGAGCCAUUUCUCAAGUCAACCACACUGUCUAAGCUCAAACGUAGACAGCUCUGACUGGUCAAAUUGCUGGGCUGGAUAGCACUCUGAAUGUUGAACUCCAAAGAUUCUCAGGGUGUGCAGGUGUGAAAGAGCUCUCUGGAGGAGGAGGCUUCCUCAGUGGUGCUAGUUCCUGGAGAGCCUUUGCUGCUGCUUUUCUACUUUGUCCUUUGUGGGCUUCAGAGAGCCCAGCACCUCCCAUACUCUGAAACAGUGAGGAGGAGGAGGAGGAGGAGGAGGACCAUGUGCUUCAGACAACUAUUCAGAACCGGAAAGGCAAGAGUUUCAUCUGAUGGCCAUUGGGAGAAUUCUGGUUCUUGUCCCACCAACUCUUCACUUCUGUUGAAGACCACUGAAGAUAGAACUGUGACUUUGUACUCCUGAUCCAAAACACUUUGGGCUUUGUUUCCUACAUCUACCCACUUGCCAUGGUGUUUGUAGAAGAUGGGGAAUUGGUGAGGACUAUGCACAUGUGGCUAGAAGUGCCUGCUUGGGUUCUAGGCUACCCCAGACUAUCCCAUCUGACAAUUCCUGUUGCCGGAUUGUUUGGGGGGGGGGGGGUAUCAUUCAGAAGUAGUCCUUUUCUCUGGAACAUUCUCCAAUAGAAGGAUUUCCUGUGUUGGUGCACAUAACCCCCAAUCCAACUUUCUGUUGACCCUAUCCAGGCAGUGUGUGGUCCAUUUUUGUCUCUAAACCCACUGUUUAAAGAAAAUUGGUCCUGCAUUUUUACUGGCAGGUAAUACUUCUUUUUUUAACCUACACAUGUAAUCAAAACGUUACCAUAAAUUUCUACUGGUGAGACUCCUUAAGUUCAGUACAUUCUUAUGCGAAAUACAAGAUCUUCCUCUUCACCUGUUACA